AUGGUAAGGGAAACAUACUUGUACGACACUCUAUCAGUCACGUCUAAUGCAACUAUUGAGGAGAUUUCGCGGGCAUACAAGAAGCUAGCCUUGAGAUACCACCCUGACAAGACAAAUCAUGAUCCUCAGAUGACUGAGAAAUUCAAAGAAAUGACAAGAGCUUAUGAAGUGCUUAAAGAUUCCAACCAACGAUCCAUUUAUGAUAGAUAUGGUGAAGAAGGACUAGAUCUGGUUGUCACGACUGAUACACUGCCACAACUGGGAUACAGUGGUUCAACGUUUCUGUCACCACAAUAUCACCAAUUCUACACAGCAUCAUCAACAUCGAGAAACAACAGUGGUGGCGGUGCCAGUAGCAGCAGGCGCAAUUUUCAACACCCAUUUGCCAACGACAUGUUUUCUCAAGUGUUUGAAGAUAUAAAUUCAAUGUUUUCCAAUUCUAAUUCAUUUUUUGCAUCACACUCAUCAUCCACUUCAUCCCCAUUUGAUAAUAUACAUCGUGGUGCAAGUUUUCAACAACAACUGCUGCAACUGCAGCAGCAACAACAACAACAACAACCGAUGAAAAAAGUAGUUAAACCUUAUGGAGAACCACUACAUGAGCAACUAAUCAGAGGUGAUGAUAUACACCAUAGAUGUGAAGUAACGCUACAUGACCUAAUGUAUGGAAAAGUAAUCAAAUUAUCACUUCCCAAAGUCACCAAGUGUCUACAUUGCGAUGGAUCUGGAGGUUUAAAUGUCAAAACUUGUAAAACGUGCCUCGGUCUGGGAAGAGUCAUGGUUAUCCAAUAUAACCAAUUUGCUCAAUACAAGCAAACCAGUUCAUGUGCAUCUUGUCAAGGCACAGGUACAUGUAUGAAACCAGAAGAUAAAUGUACUUAUUGUGAUGGAGGUUUUAUUGAAGCCACGAAAAUAAUUCAAGUUUAUGUACCACCUGGAGCUAGAUCGGGUGAUGUCAUUAUAAUCAAAGGAGAGGCAGACGAGGGUAAAAACGUCAUACCAGGCGACUUAAUCAUAGAACUUCGGCAAAAGCCUCAUUCUUACUUAGUGCGCAAAAACAAUGACUUGUUUAUGAAUUAUGAAUUGGAUUUGAAAACGGCAUUGCUUGGGGGCGAGAUAAUGGUGCCUAAUUUCUUACGCAUGGGUCAAUUUCUCAAAAUUUAUAUAAAUUGUCAUGGACAUCAAUCAAUCAACAGUGAAAAAGUACAAGAAGGGGAAGUUGUGGGUACCAUCAACACUAAUGAGCCUAAGUUGAUUCAUGGAUUGGGUAUGCCGAUAAACACUGAUAUAUUAUACAACGAAGGCAAAAUUGUUCAACCUAACGAUAAGCAAGAUCCAAAUUAUGUCCAAAAUAUGAUGACAGCCACUAAUAGCUACAACCGGGGAAACUUGUAUAUCAACUUUCAUGUACAAUUGCCAUCACCUGAUGAAUUCUCCGAGACGGAUCUUGCUGAUUUACAGAAAAUUCUACCCGAUAGAUCCACUUAUAUACCUUCGCCAUCUGAUUCGGUAGUUGAAGGGUAUUUAUCGAAUAUUCCCGCGACCAAAAAGAGGAAGCUUAAUGUGAGGAAAUAG